UGGGUCGUGGUCGGCGUUCCUGAACCCUGUCCUCCAUCGGGUGGGUCGUGGUCGGCGUUCCUGAACCUUGUCCUCCAUCGGGUGGGUCGUGGUCGGCGUUCCUGAACCCUGUCCUCCAUCGGGUGGGUCGUGGUCGGCGUUCCGGAGUGGUGUCCUGCACUGGGAGACGGGUCUGGGAGUCCGCCCGGUCGGCGGGGCAGGCCUGAGGCGGAUGGGCGACCCCGGCUGACCCCCGGGGGUGGCGGCGGCCAUGGCGGUGCCGCUGAGCGUGGAGGACCAGGUCUACAUCGCGGUGGAGCUGGCCAUCGCGGCGCUGUCCAUCGCGGGCAACCUGCUGGUCUGCCUGGCCGUGGGGCUCAACCGCUCCCUCCAGACGGCCACCAACUACUUCCUGGUCUCGCUGGCGGUGGCCGACGUGGCCGUGGGGCUGCUGGCCAUCCCCUUCGCCGUGGUCAUCAGCGUGGGCCUGCGCACCGACUUCCACGCCUGCCUCUUCCUGGCCUGCUUCGUCCUGGUCCUCACCCAGGGAUCCAUCUUCAGCCUCCUGGCCGUGGCCGUCGACCGAUACGUGGCCAUCAAGCGCCCGCUCAGGUACAAGAGCCUGGUGACGGGGAAGCGUGCGCGGGGCAUCAUCGCGCUGCUGUGGCUGCUCUCCUUCGGCAUCGGCCUGACGCCGCUGAUGGGCUGGAACCGGCAGGCGGCGGCCACCCUCAACGGCACCAACCGGACGGUGCAGUGCCUCUUUGAGGAGGUGGUGCCCAUGAGCUACAUGGUCUACUUCAACUUCCUGGGCUGCGUGCUGCUCCCGCUGGCCCUGAUGCUGGGCAUCUACGCCAAGAUCUUCCUGGUGGCCUGCCGGCAGCUGCGCCAGAUGGAGCUGGCGGGCAACUCCCGCACCACGCUGCAGCGGGAGGUGAGCGCCGCCAAGUCGCUGGCCAUCAUCGUGGGCCUCUUCGCCCUCUGCUGGCUCCCGCUCCACGUCCUCAACUGCCUCAGCCUCUUCUGGGCCGACUUCCGGGCCCACAAGCCCCACUGGGCCAUGAACCUCACCAUCAUCCUCUCCCACGCCAACUCCGCCGUCAACCCCAUCAUCUACGCCUACCGCAUACGGGACUUCCGCGGCACCUUCCGCCGCAUCCUGGCCCGCUACCUGCUCUGCAAGGACGAGGACUUCCCCAAAGGCUCCAAGGCCGGCGACGGGGGUGGUGGUGGUGGGGGUGGCAGCGGCGGCGGGGGGAGCACCCGGCACCUCGCCGUCAGCAACGUCAGCACGUCGCUGGCCUUCCUCUGACGCGGCAGACUCGUAUCCUGAGGACUUCGGACAACCCGGCACAGCCGAUUCUGCGAUUCGGAGGGUCAUCGUGGCCUGAUUCUCUUGUGACAACGGUCCUGAAGAACCACCUCACCGCCAGUAACGUCAGCACGUCGCUGGCCUUCCUCUGAAGCGGCGGACUCAUAUCCUGAGGACCUCAAGACUACCCGGCACGGCCGAUUCCGCGAUUCGGAGAGAAGCCGUCGCCCGAUUCUCUUGUGACAAUGGUCCCGAACAACCAUCUCGCCGUCAGCAACGUCAGCACAUCAUUGGCCUUCCUCUGACGCGGCGGACUCGUAUCCUGAGGCCCCCGGACAACCUGGCACAGCCGAGUCCGUGAUCCAGAGAGAAGUCGUCAUCUGAUUCUCUUGUGACAACAGUCCUGAGGAACCACCUCGCCACCAGUAACGUCAUCACGUCACUGGCCUUCCUCUGAAGUGGCGCACUCAUAUCCUGAGGACCUCGGACUACCCGGCACAGCCGAUUCCGCGAUUCGGAGAGAUGUCAUGGCCUGAUUCUCUUGCGACAACAGUCCCGAACAAUCAUCUCGUCAUCAGCAACGUCAGCACGUCGCUGGCCUUCCUCUGACAUGGCGGACUCGUAUCCUGAGGCCCCCGGACAACCUGGCAUGGCCAAGUCCGCGAUUCGGAGGGACGUUGUCGCCCAAUUCUCUUGCGACAACGGUCCUGAGGAACCACCUCGCCGCCAGUAAUGUCAGCACGUCGCUGGCCUUCCUCUGACGCGGCGGACUCGUAUCCUAAGGCCCCUGGACAACCUGGCACGGCCGAGUCCGUGAUCCGGAGAGAAGUCAUCGCCCGAUUCUCUUGCGACAACGGUCCUGAGGAACCACCUCGCCGCCAGUAACGUCAGCAUGUCGCUGGCCUUCCUCUGACGCGGCAGACUCGUAUCCUGAGGCCCCCAGACAACCCGGCAUGGCCGAGUCCGCGAUUCGGAAGGACGUUGUCGCCCAAUUCUCUUGCGACAAUGGUCCCAAACAACCAUCUCGCCGUCAGCAACGUCAGCACGUCACUGGCCUUCCUUUGACGCAGCGGACUCGUAUCCUGAGGACUUCGGACAACCUGACAUGGCCAAGUCCGCGAUUCGGAGUUUUGUCAUCCCCUGAUUCUCUUGUGACAACAGUCCUGAACAACUAUCUCACCAUCAGUACGUCGCCAGCCUCAAAUAACCACCUUGCAAUCAGCAACGUCAGCCCGUCGCUGGCUUUCCUCUGACGUGGCGGACUCGUAUCCUGAGGGCCUUGGACAACCCAGCACGACCAAGUCAGUGAUUCGGAGACACGUUGUGGCUCGAUUCUCUUGUGACAACGGCCGCAAACAACCAUCUCGCUGUCAGGACGUUGCCGGCCUCAAAUGCUGUGGCCCUCUGGGUGAUUUGGACUCCAGCUCCCAGCAUUCCUGACCACUGGACAAGCCGGUGAAGGCUCUUCCGUGAUUCGGAGGCACAGACAUCUGAAUUGUGUCGGGUAUCCGAAUUGUGUCGGACAUCCGAAUCGUGUCGUUGUCAGAUUCUUAGCGAUAAUGGUCACAAACAACGAUCUCGCCAUCGGUACGCCGCCGGCCUCAAAUACUGUGACCACCCAGCUGCUUUGGACUCCAGCUCCCAGCAUUCCUGACCACUGGACAGGCCAGGACAGAAGCCCAAACAUCUUGACAUCCGAAUUGCGUUGUCGUCAGAUUCUCUUGCAACAACAGUCAUGAACAAUGAUCUCACCAUCGGUACGGCGCCGGCCUCGAAUGCUGUGGCCCUCUCGGUGCUUUGGACCCCAGUACCCAGCAUUCCUGACCGGUGAACAAGUCGGUGGAGGCUCUUCUGGGAUUCGGAGAGGCGUCAUGGCCAGAUUCGCGUUUCAAGACGGUCGCAAACAACGAUCUCUGCCGGUCCUUCUUGAAAGGAGUCGAUCGUUAUUAAUAUUUUCCAGUUCUUGUAGCAAAACUAUUAUUAUUAUUUGGUUACAGUUGACUCAAGGGUGGCUUCUGGGACCUUCAGGAAAACAGUGGAUUAUGGGAGUUGUAAAAAAACCAUUUUAAAGGGUUAACAAUAGUCUUCUUCUAUAGGACUACCAUUCCCAUCAUGCUGAGGGUUAUGGGAGUCGUGGCCCAGUAUAAAAAAGGUAAACACUCCUAAGCUGUGGCCUUAACAAAACAUGAGGGUAAAUGUCGUUAACACGUGACACUGUCUUCUUGUAGGACUACCGUUCCCAUCAUCCACAAAAAAGGGGAAAAUUCCCAGUUGGGUCAGAUUGGAUUUCAGUUUUGUUUAUUUUGGCCCUCACACCCCUCCUUGUGUUUACUUAUUUGGUCUUGAUUCAAGUCUUGUCGUCACCGGUUCGCUUGGUGCUGUGUAAACAUACAUCCACCUCCACUGAGGUCGGAUGCAAACAGACCAACGGGAAAUCGUGAGGAUGGUCUCGUGCUAAAUUGUCGCUCCGUAUCUGUUGUUUUGUAAUAAAAGAGUGGCCGGCGGUGAGAAUUCCCGGUGCAGGAGAAGGGA